AUGAUGAAUGAUCCAAGUCAUAAAGCAAUGUUAUACUUUCUUGAAGUGUUAAUGAACUCUGAUAGUCCGAUAACAGUUGAUCAAUUGGCAGCACGUUUUUCGCAUAAAUCUUUCAGUUUAGAAAUGCGUGAAGCAUGCGGUGGUGGAAGUGCUGAAGGUUUAAAAGAAUUUCUACAACGUUAUCCAUCUUUAUUCAAUGUAAAACCGAAUGGACAAGUGACAUCGGUCGCCAUUGAACUACCCGGCUUAGAUUCAAAUUUUGAUAGUUUAUCAGAUCAAGAAAGUUGUUCUUUAAAAGAAAAUGGUCAAAAAUCGAUGAGUGAUAAUCUUUCAGAUAUUUCUACAUCAUUUCGAAAUCUAACACCUGCUGCUGUCAAUUCUGCUUAUUCGUCUAAAACAUGUCCAUCGGGAAAUAAUUUACAGAAAGAAAAUGCUUAUAAUCGUUUUCCACCUUAUAGAAAAUUGAAUUCUAUAAGCACAGAUACCUCCAGUAAUACACAUCAUCAAAAUUCUACGAAUAACACGACAAGCAGGUUGAAUAGUACAAGUUCCUUAUCGUUGGUAUCAUCACAGUCGGGAAGUCCAUUGAAUACGCCGUCAAGCGAUCAUAUAUUUGGACGUAAAAAGCCAUCAAACAAUUUCGUCAAUAGUAACAAUAACACAACGAAUACUAGUAAUAGUACCAGUAAUCCAUCACCGCAUAGCUUAUCAUCGGGGAAUCCUCCAGCGGGGAGAACAAAACCAUCAAAUAUCUACACACCUCCACAAUUACGCAAUUUAGAUCAGUCAUCACAGUUGAUAAUACCAUCGAAUUGUGAAUUGUGCUCAUCAAAUCCUGCUGCUACCACCAAUCGUAAUAGCAGUAAUCACCCAACGAAUCAUCAUGAGAUAACUACAGUAGCCAGUGGAACGUGUAUACACUGUCCACUCCUAGAAUUGGCUUGUCAUCACACACAUCACUGUACUACAGCGCAUCAUCACACUUCUACCCACUGCCAUUGUACACCCACUGCUUUAACUCCUACCGCAUCCUCUUUUCAUCACUAUCAUCACCCGCUUCAUCAUAUACCAGCACAAGCAUCAUUAAGAUCACCUCCUGUACUUUUACCAAACUUUUAUUCUCUACCACCUAUGGAGAAAUUAUUCCUCGAAAGUGAAGCAGUUCACUUUUUUCAGCAAAAGUUAAUUAAACGUGAAGAACGCUGGGUACCGAUAAAAAGUCUAGCUGGUCAUCUAUCUCAAGCAACACCUGAAGUACGUGCUAUUGUCGGUCCACAAUUAGAAUUUCGACGUUUCCUUCUGAAACAUCCACACGUGUUUGAAGUACAAGGUGAAUUGGUCAGUGUUAAAGAGCCAUUUCUUACCACUGGACUUGGUGGACUUCCACUAAAAAGAUCACGUGACCGAUUGUCAGCUGUACAUGCAACCGACGUUAACAAUUCCUAUGUACCCUCAUCAAUUCAACGUUCAACUAACAGUAGUAAUCAUUAUCGUCGAUCAGCUCAUUUUGCUGUUGACAAUAGUUCAACGGCUACUCCGUCCGCUAGAUCAUUAAUACAAUCAGAUAAUAUAAAUUCAGCGCCAACAACGCCUACCACUGCAAAUCUUGUAUUCGCAGACAGUAAUCACAGCCAAGUAGAUAAGGUGGCUAACGAGAAAUCAGCCAGUAACCCUGUCCCACGUCUUCAUCAUAAUCAUCAUAAUGGUGUUACAUCAUCAACAAUGACAACGGAAUACGAUACCUCUGUAAUUACCAACUCCCUGUCAAGUACUACAGUCAACAGUUUAAGUUUAACUAUGACUGCAAAUGAAUAUCGAGCCAUAAUGUUCCUACGUAAGGUAUUGGAGAAACAAGGAGCGCCUGAAGCAGUUCAAACAACAAUUGGUUGGACAAAAAUUGAACUGGAAGAAUUUUUAAGUCAACAUAAUUUAUUUUUUGAAUUGAAACCAGUUAGCGUGGAUAACGAUGAAAAGACACCCGCUGUUGACAGCGCUAACACUGAGAAACAGAAACAGACAGUCAACAGUGUCAAAAUUGAGGAUAAUAUUGCAGUGUGUAAUCGACGGUUAAAUCGUAUGAUUAAUAUUAUUAUUACAGCAUCAAAAUCAAGUGAUGCUAAUGGUGUUCGAACGCUGACAAAUCGUUGUGGAAGAAUAUUUCAUGUAGCUAAAUUAUGGGGAAUUAUUGAUUUAGGAAAACAUGAACAUGUAUUCUUUGAUAAAUCAAUAUUUCGUCAUGUGGAUGAUUUACAAAAACAUUUCAAG